ACAUUUUAUAAAACUUAAAUGAUUAAAAUGCCAAAAAUAAGACAAAACAUGUUUCAUUUAAGUAACAUGACCUUUCUUCUUCAACCUCUAACAUUUGGGUCCAGUGUUCUUGGUGGGUGAAUUUUGGAGCUCUAUGUCACGAAGUGCGAGUUUGGAGACCCAAGUCAGAGGUGUCACUGCUAGGAUCGCAAGGCGAGGUUGUGGUCAGCACACCCUUGUGUGCGUAGGACGUGCGUGGAGCUUUUUAGAGGCGUGUGCUAGGCCUGUGGUUGAAGUGCCGACACUAAAGUUUUACAAAGGAUUUUGGGUGUCGAUACUUGGGUGCAGUCUAGAGCCAUCUUGAAUUCUCCGGAAGCACCAGGGCCGCAGAAAUGAAGACCAGACAUUGGUCUGGGUGGGCUUAUUGGGCCAAGCCUGUGUGUAUAGUUUACUAAAGCCAGGAUUUUUUUUUUCUGUUGUUUUAGAACUGUGAUUGGUAUCAAGUGCAAAGAUGGGAUCGUUAUGAUACGCUUUAUCGUUCCUAAUUUUGGUAUUUGUUGAAUCUUGCUUGUGGAUUUGUAUGUGAAUGUAAUUUGUGGGUUUGGGAGUUUCAAGGUGUGGUAAAGCUCAUUGUGUUGAGGAUGAUGUUGCUUGGUUCCAAUCGAAGAAUACACUUCAUUGUCACUU